AGGGAGGGAAUUUGUUUUGGUAAAAUUGAUUCUCAGAAACUGAGGUCCUUUUUUUUUAUGUAUGAGUUGGGCCUAAUUACACCAGUUAAAAUGUCGGUUAGACGAGGGGCACUUAUAAUUCUCGAAGGAGUCGACCGUUCUGGAAAAUCAACACAAUGUCGGAAACUUGUCAAAACAUUACAGGAACAAGGGGAAAAAGUACAUUUGAUGAGAUUUCCAGAUAGGACCACAAAAAUUGGCAAAGUAAUAAAUGAAUACCUGUCACAGAAGUGUGAGCUGGAAGAUCAUGCGAUUCAUUUAUUAUUUUCAGCCAACAGAUGGGAAGCACUUCCCAAGAUUAAGGAGCUGAUACACAGCGGAACCACUGUUGUCAUAGACCGGUACGCUUACUCCGGUGUGGCGUUUACGGCAGCAAAACCUGGUUUCCAAAUAGAUUGGUGCAAAAUUUGUGAUUCUGGACUUCCACGUCCUGACUUGGUCUUGUUCUUGAAAAUAUCCAUAGAAGAUGCCGCCAAUAGGGCAGGCUUUGGAGGCGAACGCUAUGAAAAGACUGAUUUUCAAGCUGAAGUAUCCAAGAAUUAUGAACUGUUACGCGAUAACGAUUGGAGAACCGUUGAGGCUGGAAGGAGUAUAGAGGAAGUUCAUGAAGACAUUAAACAAUUAACAAUGAAAGCGAUGGCAGCGUGUGCCAACCAACCAUUAGGGAAGCUGUGGACUACUUUAUAACGAGAAAAUAACCAUGUGGAUAUAAAAAAAAAUGAAUGAAUGAAUCAAAUCAAAUCAAAUUGUAGAGGCGGUUUAUAUUAUGAUGGUUUAAAUUUUGUCGUAUUUAAUGAGGGUGAUUGAGCGAUGAUGUGGGGAAUAUCGGCGCUCUAUUCUCUGUAGCAUAACCCAGCCAGAAGAUUUGUACCGGAGUACAUGUGAAACAAAGUGUUACAUUGGACAGAUGUUAUGAGGACAUCCCAAGAUAUUCUGCUAAAAUCACUGUCAUCUUUAUGCUUGUGAACUCAAAUCUUGCUAAAAGUCUGUAAAAUUGGCAUUCCAACUCUGAAGAUAAUGUGAUGUAUCAGUCUAAGAUAACCUGCAACACAAUAGAGUUGUUCAAGCUGAAUAUUCCAGGAGUGUUGCACGUCUCUGCGAUGUCUAUUUUUCUUACAUGGAUAUUACUUGGAAUGCAUGCCAAUUUUACACGGAUGCGUCUAACUUGGAUGCUACGUAACAGACAUUUGCUAAAUUUUUCCCAGCUCCCAUCGUGUGUAACUUUGUCACAUAUGUAAUGGGUAUUAGGAAGUGGGGUUGUUUUUGAUUCUGAGAUAAAUCUUAACAGAAUUAACCUAAAUUGAAAUGUUUGAUAGUAUAGACAAAGCCUUAGGCUUUGUAGGUGAGCAUCUAAAUUAGUUAAUAUUUUUGCCUACAUGCAUCCACUAUCUUUUAUUUAAUGAUAUUGUCAUGUGAUUGACUGCUAUGCAUUACAGUCUAAUUGUUUAUAUAUUGAUAUAAAGUAUGUAUGACACUAAUAUACUGUAGUAGUGGCAGUAGCACUUUUAUUUAAAGCACAUGGUAAUUUAUAUAUACAGUUAAACUUGCCUAAAUCGAAUAAUUUCUAAUAAUGUGGCAUCUAAUUUUAACAUGCCAAAUUGUUUUUUUCCAUCAUUUAACAAUAUGUAAGUCAAAUUUUAUCUAAGUCGAACAAUAUUUCAAUGUCAUUUUGGAUUCGACUUUAGGCAAGUUGAUCUGUACAAUUAAUGUUGUAGGAUGGUCAGUUAAUAAUAUUACAGUAUGUGUAGCAUUUAAUUAUAUUGAUAUUGAAGAAUUACAGUAGUUCCUAGUAAAAUUGGACCUACAAUAGCAAAGAUUCUUUAAUAAAUAUUCUAUUUUAUCAGUGGAGAAGUUAUUCUGUUUUGAUUAUAUUUCAGCAUAGUUUUAAAAAACAAUACAGUAUGUACUGUGCCAUGAUAUUCAAGCUGAAUAAACAUUGUAUUGUUUUUCCACUCUACAGAAUAUAAAGUGAUUAACGACGUUAUGUUAUGUUAUUAACUAUUAAUGCCUCCUUUUAUAUUACUUUCAGCUUCAUGGGGCAGUACGGAAAGUACAGAAGCAAUGUAUCAGUUGGAAAAAUUUGUUUGUUUCUUUGCUAAGGAAAUUUAUAUAAAACCAAAUUGGAUUCAACUUUUCUAGAGUAAAACAUCAGCAUAUUUUACAAAGUUUCAAAGAUGACUAAAACAACAAGCAGUGGCAGAUCCAGGAUUUUUGUUUGCCAGGGAGGUGGGAGGGUAUUGUGGUCUAAAAGCACAAUUUGGGCCAUACUACAGGAGUUCCAAGUCUUGCGGGAGUCUCCCUUGAAUCGAAUGUUGUCGCACUCCCGCAAGAAUCACCCGGAAAUUAACCCAUCUCCACAAAUUCAUAAUUUUGCAUGUUUUCACUGCUUUAUUAUCAAUUGUCUCACAGAAGUCAUUGCCGAUGGGUAUCACUUUGUGCAACAAAAUAAAAUGAAUGCGACAAAAAAGCUCAUUAACCAGAUCAGUGGCGGAUUCGAUGGAGGGGUAAGCCAGCCCGAGCUCCUUAAAUAUUUCAAAAUUAUGAAAACUAGAAAGCAAGGAAAAUUAUAUUCAAAUCCAAGCAUGAGAGUGCCACUUCCGGCCACAAUCACAAAACCAUCCCACUUCAACAGACUGAGGCUCUAAAUUGCCCAUUGGCUCGGACCCUCUUGUUAGCCAAUUUCCAUUUUUUUGGAUGCUGCAGAGAAAGGGAGUGCCCUUUUUGCCACCCAUUCAUAUGUAUAAUUAUUUUUAAAUUGUGAAGUGGGAGCUCAAUGAUGAAGUGAAGGAGCGUUAGUAAGCAAUACAAGAUGAUAUGUGGUGAUUUUUAUCUACUUGAGCAUCAUCAUUUGCUUCAACAUUUUUAAUGGGGGCAGGGAACAAUUUUUUUUUUUUAUGGAGAAUCCCCUAAACACGCCACUGCAAACUGGGAAUAAAUUAUUUAUGGUUAAUCUAAUUAAAGUUCGCUUACAUGCUACAUGAACUUCA